UCCACUAGCUGAACCCACUAUAAAGAUGGCCCUCAGUCCAUUUGCUUCAGUGUUUUUUAAUCUCAUCUGAAGAAUUGGAAUAAACAGCAUGGAGCGUAAGCAGUUGAACUGGUUAAUGCUUGCAAUGAUAUGUCCUCUUGUCACAGGUGCUUCAUCCUCCAUGUCCAAAAGAUAUGGAUCAUGUCCCGAGGAGAAUCUAGACAUUACUGGAGGGAGCUUUGUUCUUUCUAAUGGCUUUUCAGACAGGAGUUUUCUAAGAUACAUCUGUCCGGAUGGAUAUUAUCCAUCGGUUCAGUCACGUCGUUGUCAAUAUGGACUCUGGACCCCAAAGACCAGCACCCAAAAAAACCCAGAGUGCAAAAAGGUCACAUGUCCCAAUCCUCGUGUUUUGAAGAAUGGACAGGUGACCCCAUAUAAAGAGAGGUACUAUGUAAAUGACACAACCACCUACUCGUGUCAUUCUGAUUAUAAGUUCCGUGGCUCUGCGGUCCGUGUUUGCAAACCUAAUGGGAAGUGGAGUGGAAGCACACCAAUUUGUGGACAUGACUCUGAUCACUGCCCUGAUCCUGGCAUUCCCCCUGGUAGCAGUCGAACAGGCCACAUGUUUAAUAUUAAUGACAAAGUCACGUACCGCUGUGACAGUUCAUUGACCUUGAUUGGUUCCAAAGAGCGAGUGUGUCAGCAUGGUGGCCAGUGGUCAGGGACAGAGCCACAGUGUUAUGCGGAUUUCACAUACGACACCCCAGAGGAAGCGUCAGAAGCUUUCAGCAGUGCUCUAAAGUCAAAUCUAGCAGUUUCUCAACAGUAUGAAGAAGAAGAUCAGCAUGGGAAGAAAAUAACUUUGGAUCAGGGUGGAAAACUUGAUAUCUACAUUGCUGUGGAUGCAUCUGAUAGCAUCGAUGAGGAGGAUUUUAACAAGGCAAAAAGCAUAGUUAAAAAGCUAAUAGAGAAGAUUAGUUAUUAUCAGGUCUCCCCAAACUAUGAGAUCCUGGUGUUUGCUAUGGAUGUUACACGGAUAAUCUCUAUGAUGGACUUUAAAAAAAAUAAAGAUGCAAGAAACCUAACGCAGGUUUUUGAAAAUCUGGACAGUUUUACAUAUGACGAUAGAGGUGAUCGAACAGGUACCAAUAUCGCUAAAGCUUAUUCAACCAUUUUAGACAGCAUGAAAAUAGAGGAGCUCACCGAUCCAAAGGGCUUCCUUGAGACCCAACAUGUCAUCAUUAUGUUCACUGAUGGUCAAGCAAACAUGGGGGGGAAUCCUAUACCUAAAGUGAACCAGAUCAAACAUCUUGUCAUCAAAAAUGAUCCAAAGCGAGAGAAGAAACUUGAUCUUUAUGUAUUUGGAGUUGGAGAUGUAUAUAAGGAUGACAUAAAUGGCUUGGUGUCACAGAGGGACGAAGAAAAACAUUUCUUUAUGCUUCCAGACUUGGACGAGGUGCAGAAGACGUUUGACAGCAUGAUUGAUGAGAGCACCAGUGUAGGAUUGUGUGGGAUUCAUCAAGACUAUGAUGGAGAUAAUAAACGACGUGCAUAUCCCUGGUUGGCACAGAUCAAUGUUGCUCGUCCUCCACAAGGUUCAAACUGCAUGGGGUCAUUAGUUACCUCAAGUUUCAUCUUGACAGCAGCUCACUGCUUUAAAGAGGGAGACGAAGCUGAUAAGAUAACAGUUACUCUGGAAAAAGGCCUGGCUGUAAGAGUGGAAAAAUACAUUCUUCAUCCUGACUAUGAUAUCACAGCAAAACAGCAUAUGGGAAUAAAGGAAAAUUAUGAAUUUGAUGUAGCUCUUAUAAAGCUGGAAAAAGCUGUUACGAUGAGUGUUAAUCUACGACCAAUCUGUGUCCCCUGCACCAGAGAAACCAAUGGAGCUCUGAAACUUUCAGACAGUGACGGGACGUGUAAAAAACAUGAGGAAUUACUAAUGAGCAACGAACUUGUGGAAGCUUCUUUUACAUCUAAAAUGGAGUUCACUACUGAUGCACCACGAAAAAUAAGAAACAUCACAAUCAAGCGUGGAAAAUAUCGGGAUGCUUGUGUUGAAGAUGCAAAAAAAGUACCAGGAAUCAACGUGACAAACGCAAAGGAUGUAGUUACAGACAAUUUUCUGUGCAGUGGUGGUACUGAACCAAAAACAGAUGAUAUUGCCUGCAAAGGUGAAACAGGAGGGGCCACUUAUGUGAAUAAAAAAGAUCGACUGAUUCAGGUUGGUGUCUUAAGCUGGGGAGUGAAGGACCUCUGCUCAAAAAGAAACCCAGACCCCCUUUCACAAGCACACACCAGAGAUUACCAUGCAAAUCUUUUCAGUGAGAAGAUACAGUCAUUCCUUAAAGAGCACCUAGGAAAUGACAAUAUAGAUCACCCUCUGUCAUUUUUCUGAUUGUUUUAGCAGACUGAAACUGUGUGAGAGCAAUUUGAUAAAACACUUUGAUUCAUUUUCAUUGAUACAGUAUAUUAAGGCGAGACACCACAGGUGAAUAGGGUAAAAAAAUUAACUAAUAGAUAUCGCCAUAUAUCCCCAGCUGGUUGAUUACAUUAAAAAUUGCAAACAUUUUUUGUAUUACAAGUUUUCUAAAAUGUUAUGUUUAAAUAUGCAAAUAAGGCAUUAUCUAAUUAAAUAUGUGCUAAUUUGCAUACAUUUCUAGAACAAAAAUCUGAAUAUUGGAUGAAGUCAGCUUCAAAAUUCUCAUUGAAUUUUUUUGGAUGUAUUACAUUAAAAGGUUUUUACAGAGGGAAUUUUGGAUAUCUCAUUUUAUCACUCCAUAAAUCAGAAAAUACUAUCAACAGCCAGAAAAAAAAUAAUUGUCACCAUUUUUUUAGGAAUAAAAUAUUGUAUAAAAUUCGGCAAAUUACGUGUCAACAAAUCCCUCUGUAAAAACCUUCAGAAUAUAGAUAGGAAUAAAACUGUAAAGUUUGAUGUAAGUUCUGCUGAAGUGGAUAUUUCUGACUGAGAGCAGGAGAAAAAAAACUCAUUUUGAGAAAAUGGCCUUUAAAGAUAUUUACUGUAAUUGAAAUCUAUAGACGCAAAUAGAUAAAGUGCUAUAAAACAUACACUUAAAAGUGUAUUUUGGAUGUUUUCUUUCCACUAAGUGUUUUUGCCUGUAGUGUCCUCCUUAAGACAAUUUAAAAUCCAAUAGCUGGUCUUUGUUAAAAAUGAAUCCAGUUUAUCAUCAAAUGUGUUAGCACACACACAUGACUUGAUGUAAUAUUGUUUGUACACUGCUCUGAUUAUAAGCUAUUUUUUAAAUAACCAAUCUUCCUUAUUAUUGCAUUGACAUCUGUAAUGAGCAGCACACAUCAAGAUGACAAAGUCAAUUUAUAUUCUGAAAAUUAUAUUCUAUUCUGACUUGCUGUACUACAAUUCACAGUAUGUUUCCUGUUUUGAGAAUGAUUACUGUCAGGAAAUAAACACAGACAGAGGAUCCAA